ACUCCACUGACAAGGACGAAACAUGGCGGCGGCUGUAGCAGCAGCGAGCAAGAAGGUGUUCGAAGUAUUUGUGACAAAAGUACCAUGGACCGUCGCAUCCAAGGAGGUUAAAGAAUACUUUGGUCAAUUUGGACAGGUGAAGCGGUGUCUACUGCCACUUGAUAAAGAGACCGGUUUUCACCGAGGGUUUUGCUGGAUCGGGUUCACUACAGAAGAAGGAUUGCAGAAUGCAUUACAGAAGGAUCCUCACAUCAUUGAAGGAGCAAAGCUCCAAGUGCAGAAAAACAGAAAGCCAUUUUCCGGCAGGAGGUUAAACAAAGGAGAAGAAAUAUAAUGAGGGCUGAGUACAAUUGUCAAGAGGUGUUACUUCAGUAACUGUCUUCAGAAGUGUUAUUUAUUGCGGCCGUCUCUAUUCUGGACAUACCUGUUUUCAAGAAGCAAAACUUUAAUGUGUGUCAGCCCUUGUGCUGACUUCAUGUCUGGUGUAUUUUGUUAUAAAACUUCCAAAGACCUAAAAUGA